UAAGAAGGUAAAAUAACAGUCAAUGUAAACACGUGGAUUUGUACUUUGUGUUUGAUUUUGGUGGUUUCGAUUUUUUUUUUUUGUAAUAAUUUGUUUUAUAUUUUUACUUAUAUGUUGCGAUAAUCUUCUUAUAUUACUAUAAUGGAUUUUAGUGGAUUUUUUGAUUUGAAUGUCUUGCCUAACGGUUCCAAUAUUGAAAAGCUUUCUAAGAUUUGGUUUGAACGUGGCUAUAGAACCAUAGCCAUUAACCAGAUACUGAACUUAUCUGCAGGACUAUCAAAUAAGACAAAAAAAGGAGAAAAACAAGAUAUAUGCAUUCCAAAACCUUUGGAUUGUAAAUUACCUCCAGAUUUAGCUGGAAAAAUAAAUAUCUUGAACCGUUUGACCAUAAAAAUUUCUGAGGUUUCUCAUUUUUCUAAAGUUUUUCAGGCUAAAUCAUCAGCAGUAAAACAAUAUCAUUUAGUAGCAGUUAUUCCUGAUAAUAUUCCAUGCUUAAAGCAAGCUAUCAAUACCAACGAAGUGGAUAUAAUAGCAGUUGAUUGCAGAAGUAAACCACAAUGGAGUCUUACAAAAAAACAUUACAACCUUCUCAUAGAACAACAUAAAUAUUUUGAGAUUUGUUACAGUCCUGCGAUCAGAGAUUCCACAACUUUUAAUAAUACCAUAUUCAUGUCACAGUUACUUAACACUAUAGGAAAGUCAAAGAAUGUCAUUUUAUCAAGUGAAACAUCAGACACAUCCAUUCUAAGGACUCCUUAUGAAGUUAUAUAUUUAAGUCUCAUUUUUGGUCUAAAUGAAAAUAAAGCUAGAUAUUGCUUGACAAGUGAACCUUCAAAUGUGAUUUGCAGAGCUCUGAAACGUCAAAUUGGAAAAUCAAGUUUUACCAUUGAACAUGUUUGACUGUAAAUCAAAAUUAUUUAUUGCCAAGAUCUUCAAGACUGGAUUGUGUGAUACUCCCA